UGAACCUCUUAAUAAAGACUUAAGAAAUGUCAGCUAGAAAUAUUGACUUAGAACAGAUUAAAAAUGACAAUAUUAAGUCUUUCUUAGCAGUUCUUGACUCAGUUUGCGGUAAAAAGAUAUUAAUUCUUGAUCGUCAUUUGAAUGGAAUGAUUGGAUCUCUUGUUAAGUUUUCAGUACUUCAAGAACAUGGCGUUGAUAAGGUAUUUUGGCUUUCAGAAGAUACGCCAUCAUCACCAUUUCCAAAGUUAUAUAUUUGUCGUCCAACAAUAGCGAAUAUGCGUAUGAUUAUAGGCCAUAUUCGAGUUGAGAGACAUUUAAAGAGUGUUCAUUCAACAUUAUAUUUGGUAUCAAGAAGAACGAAUAUAUGUGAUAAAAUUUUAGAGGAAGAAGGAGUUAUGGGGGAUCUUGUUAUUGAAUCGUUUCCUUUAUUAAUGAUUCCUUUUGAAUCGGAUCUUAUUUCUUUAGAAUUAGAAGAUAGUUUUAAAGAAAUUUAUAUGGAUGGGAAUAUAGCGUCUAUAUAUCAUUCGGCGCAUGUUUUGAUGAAAAUUCAGUCAUUAUAUGGGUUAUUUCCUCGUAUUUUAGGUAAAGGUGAUAAAGCAAAACAAUUGAAAGAUCUUUUGUUUCGUCUCCGACAAGAAUAUUUAUUAGAAUAUCCUCCUGAGCCGCAACUUCACAAUCUAAGUGCAUUUAUUGAUAGUCUUAUUAUUGUUGAUAGAGAAUUGGAUUUUAUUACGCCUUUAAUGACUCAAUUAACAUAUGAAGGAUUAAUUGAUGAAAUAUAUGGAAUAAAGAAUUCAUAUGCAGAAGUUUCAGCAACUCUUUUUUCAGAUUUAAAUAUACAAAAUAGUAAUAAUGUUUCAGUAUCUUCUGGUAUAACAGAUGAGAGCUUUAAACGAAAAAAGAUUUUAUUAAAUUCUUCUGAUAAAAUAUUUAAUGCAAUACGUGAUAAUAAUUUUGCUACUAUUAGUAGUCAUUUAAAUAAAAUUGCUAAGCAAUUAUUUAACGAUUAUGAAGGACGUUAUCAGGCCAAAACUGUUUCUCAAAUACGAGAUUUUGUUAGCAAAUUGGGUGGUUUACAAUCAGAUCAUAGAUCAUUAAAAUUUCAUAUAGCUUUAACAGAAGAUAUUAUGAAUAUAACAUCAUCUGAUACGUUUUUAAAAGUACUUGAGGUUCAGCAAAAUUUUAUAUCUGGUAUUAGUAAUUUACAGAAUCCUAUAUUGGAAGAAUUAAUUUCUAAGAAUGUUCCUAUAACUACUGUUUUGCGUUUAUUAUGUCUUGAAAGUGUUAUUUUUGGCGGUAUUCAACCGAAAGAAUUAGAAAAUUUUAAAAGGGAAUUAAUACAUGCAUAUGGAUAUAAAUGUAUUUUGGCAUUUUCAGUUCUUGAGAAAACUGGUAUACUUCGUCCUCGAAUAUCCAAUUCAUAUAAAACAUAUAAUUCUAUCAGUAAAGCUUUUCAACUAAUUGUUAAUAAUGUUGACGAACAUGAUCCUGAUGAUAUUUCAUAUGUUUAUAGUGGAUUUGCACCUUUAAGCAUUCGUAUAAUUCAAUCUAUAAUUCAGAAACAUUCAUUAAAAUUAAAUUUUAAAUCAAAAGGUUCAUCAUCUAGUUGGAAUGAAUUUGAGGAUUCUUUAAAAAUGUUGAAAGGAGAACUUUUUGAUGAAGUUCAAAAAGUUGAUAAUAUGAUAAGUUUUAGAAGAUUAGCUAAAAUUCAAGAAAAAAAAACAACAAUUAUUUUCUUUCUAGGAGGAUGUACAUUUACAGAAAUAGCAGCUCUUAGGUUUAUUGCUAAGAAAGAAAGCUCUAGAGAAUUUAUUAUUAUGACAACUUCAAUAAUUAAUGGGAAUAUCAUUAUAAAUUCUGCAUUGCCAAAUACGUUUUAAACUUUUCAGAAUUGUUUUAUAUAUUUAUAUAAUUUUUAUUUUUUG